GCGGAGAACGGUGUGGCUGUCGUGAAUUGCAUGCCCUUCCCAUGAACGCGUAUAAUUAAGCGGCAUCACACCGGCAGUGAUGGAGUAGGAGGCGGUGUCGCAGGAGACAUAGUGGACAGAUGGUGCACCGCUGCUGGAACGUACAGCGGCUUGUUGUCAUGGAGGAGCAAAGAUGGCGGUCCUGGCCUAUAGCCUGGGCAAACGCGAAAUAAAUCAACAUUUUACCAUAAAAAAUGCCAAAUUGAUUUCGCUGGCAGUUGUUAUUUUGCUCCUCGUGUUUCAUACAGCUUUGCGGCAUUAUGGGGGCGGAGACUCAUGUGAAUGGCUGCUGUCGACAGGACGCUACUUGGGGGAGAAUGUAUGGCAGCCUUAUGGCUGUAUGAUGCACAAGUACAAAAGCAUUGAAGCCAAAACAUGCCUUGCAGAGAAACGGGUGGCCUUUGUCGGUGACUCAAGAAUCAGGCAGCUUUUUUACUCCUUUGUCAAAAUUAUUGACCCUGAGCGAAGAGAAGAUGGAAACAAGCACGAGGACAUUUUCUUUGAAGAUGAGAGGUCUUCUGUUACUGUGGACUUUCUUUGGUACCCAGAGGCAAAUGACUCAAUGAAAGAACGCUUGAUAUCAUGGACACAUGAAGCUUCAAUCAAACCUGAUGUCAUCAUCCUUGGAGCUGCCACGUGGUCCAUCAAGUUGCACAGUGGUAGCAGUGAGACCCUGCAGCAGUACAAAGUCAACCUGACAGCAAUUGCUGUUCAUCUGGAGAGGCUGGCUGAACAUGGAGAGGUCUACUGGGUCCUACAAGAUCCAGUUAAUGAGGAAGUGUUGAGUGUAAAUAGGAAGAUGAUCACCAACCAGCAGCUAGAGCUUUACAAUGAGGCAGCGGUGGAUGUGCUGAACACCAGUAAAUAUAACGGCCGGUCUCUGGUCAAGCUGCUGGCAGCGUCCCGCCAGGCCGCACUGGAAACCAUCACCAAAUCAGAUGAUGGCUUGCACCUGCCUGAGAGCACAAGGAAUGUGGGAGCCAUGGUUCUCAUGAACUCUAUGUGCAACAAGCUACUGAGGCCCAUCGACGGCUCCUGCUGCCAGACAUUACCACCCCCAAACUUCCUCCAGAAACUUUCAGCUUGUUUCUUCCUGGGCUCUGCUGUGGUCUUUGUGGUCCUCCAUGUGCUUGGCAACAAUCGCCACCGCCGACCUGUGCCCCCUGACGUGGAGAGCCUUGAGGAGAAGAAACCAGCAACUGCAGCUGUGCCCUUUGGACCGAAGGCACCUUUUCAGGCCCUUUGUAGGAUGGGCAUCAUUAUGGGCUACUUUUACCUUUGUGACAGAGCAGAUGUGUUCAUGAAAGAACAGAAGUUCUACACACACUCAACAUUCUUCAUUCCUCUCAUCUAUAUAUUUGUACUGGGAGUGUUUUACAGCGAAAACACCAAAGAGACUAAAUUACUUAACCGAGAACAAACCGAUGAGUGGAAAGGCUGGAUGCAGCUGGUCAUUCUCAUCUAUCACAUAUCUGGAGCCAGUGCUUUCAUUCCAGUAUACAUGCAUGUGCGGGUACUGGUGGCAGCCUACCUGUUUCAGACUGGCUACGGACACUUCUCAUUUUUUUGGCUCAAAGGAGACUUUGGACUAUAUAGAGUGUGCCAAGUGCUUUUCCGUCUAAACUUUCUGGUGAUUGUGCUGUGUGUGGUCAUGGACAGACCAUAUCAGUUCUAUUACUUUGUCCCCUUGGUCACCUUCUGGUUUGUUAUUAUCUACGCCACAAUGGUCAUGUGGCCUCAGAUCCUUCAAAAGAAGGCUAAUGGUAGUGGUAUGUGGCAUCUUGUGGUGCUGGCAAAGUUACUGAGUCUCCUGUUGUUUAUCUGCAUUUUUGCCUUCUCACAGGGUGUUUUUGAGGACACUUUCUCUGUGUGGCCCAUCUCCAAGCUCUUUGAGCUGAAUGGAAGCAUCCAUGAGUGGUGGUUCAGAUGGAAGCUGGAUCGAUUUGCGGUGAUUCAUGGCAUGUUAUUUGCAUUCAUCUACCUGGUGCUACAGAAGCGACAGGUUCUGUCAGAGGGCAAAGGAGAGGCUCUCUUCCCUGCCUGGAUUUCCAAUCUGCUCCUUUUCCUCUCUGUUGGCUCCUUCAUUACCUACUCGAUAUGGGCGAGCAGCUGCAAAACAAAAGCAGAAUGCAACCAGAUGCAUCCUUACAUCUCUGUGGUCCAGAUUUUGGCCUUCAUUCUCAUCAGGAACAUUCCUGGCUACGUCCGAUCUGUAUAUAGCUCAUUCUUUGCAUGGUUUGGAAAGAUCUCCUUGGAGCUGUUUAUAUGCCAGUAUCACAUCUGGCUCGCAGCAGAUACCAAGGGAAUUUUGGUCCUCAUUCCGGGAAAUCCUUCACUCAACAUCAUGGUCAGCACCUUCAUCUUUGUUUGUGUGGCUCAUGAGGUUUCUCUCAUUACCAAUGACUUGGCCCAGGUGGUGAUUCCCAAAGACAGCAUGGCCCUGCUGAGGAGACUGGGAGCUGUGGGGGUCUUCAGUCUGGUUGUAUUGUUGCUGACCAGGGGUAACCAGCUCACACCCGGUGCUUGAUGGGCACUUCAUGACGGAGGACGGGGCAGGAUUUAAGCUUCUUCUGAGAUUGAAGUGAGGUACAGAUCAAAGUUGGACAUCAGAACAUCUGGCCUGAUGUUUUAGCAACUAACUACCACAAGAGAAGAAGAGUGUGCCAGUCUUUGUUUUCCUGACUGCUAUUAAACAAAAAGAUUGAAGAAAAAAGAGCCCAAAAACAGGGCUAUGUACAAAUUACAGGAGAGGGAGGGGGAAGAAAAAGGACAAAGCGCUCUGAAAUGUUUACAUUAUUUGGUUUUGAGGUCUGUGAGAGGAGGAUCUUUCAUUUUAAAACAUCACAUAUGCUGUCAAUUCUGCAGCAUUACUUUCCUUUACCCAAACGCACUGAUAGCAAGUUUUCUUUAGUCACAUGCCGUCAUUCCUUUCAUCACAACUCUGACUGGGAUCUCUCCGUCCAUAUGACAGUAGCAGCUAAAGACCAUAACCAGCAUAUUCAGAUAUCUGUUAUGACAAACAUGUUAAAUUGUGCUGUUUCAUUAACAUUACUGUAUAAUAUUACUAGUGUGGGAUAUCUAAAUAUGCAAAAUAUGGACCAACAAUUGGCUUAGGUGAUCAAAAACCACCAAAAUUAAUGUAAUAUUAGGAGUGCAAUGGUUAAAAAGAAAUUUUCUUCAACAUAUUUUACUGUUUUUGUGAAAAAUUUCAGAAAUGUAUGCCUUGCAGAAAGGCUCUGUGGUCACCUGCUGUAGCUCUGAAAUGAUAUGUGACAUGUACAGUAUUUAAUGAUUUAAAUUAAGCUUAUAUUUUAUACAGUUUUUUUUAUUUUUCCUCUUUGUUUGUACAUUGCUCGCCCAUGACUGCUGUUUGUGAAAGUAUUAUAUAGGUGAUUUUGUACCAUCCUAGAAUCUCGUUGAUUAGGUCGAGCCUUUUGGGUCUAAAUAGCUGUCUGUCCUAUUAGUGGCUCACUUCCUUCUAUGUAUAUUUGUAUAAUAGAGUGAGAGAUUUAUUUUGUACAGCAAUGCUUCAGCAGUGCUUUUAGUCUUUUAACCUUACAUUUUGGUAAAAAAGAAAAGGAAAAAAGCAAAACAUGCCUCAUAGCUCUGGAAAUGCACAUUGCACGUAUUCUUGCACCAUAAGAGUAAUGCCUAACUCUACAUCCUUUCUCUGCUAUCACAGUCAGUGAACUUAAAGAUCAGUGGGUGAUUGAGUGAGAUAAUUUCUUAGACAAUUGCCUUUGAACGUGAAGUUUGUUUGGGUUAUUUUUCAGUGGCUUACACAUUAAGUACAUCUUCAUGUGCACAGAAUCACAUGUGUGAUGUAGCCGAGAUAAUCUUCCAUGAUAAGGCACUUUGCAUCAGGUCCACAUCGACAUAAAAAGCCACUUGGUAAUGCACUGACUGAGCUGAUAGGACACAUUACUGCUGCAUUAAUGAAAAUAUUGUUUAUUUUUCUGUUGCCAAAUGGGCAAUGUCUCUCUGCCUGUUUACACUCAGACACUUCUGAGCGAGCACUUUUUAUUUUUGAGACCUGUAAUUUGUUUCUCUCAUUUUCUUCUUUUCGGUGAAAUUCAGUGUUUAAUUUGAGUUUAAUAUUUUACCAGUGCAAAUACUUCAUGCACUUUGGGUUAUUUGUAUUGGGUGUCAGAUAUUUUGUCAAAGCAACUUUUCCAGAUACAAGAUACUAUUCUAAAAUUAAAGUUGUGUUGCAUAUUAAUUCUGAUGCAUUUUGCAUCUACCUUUUGGGUAGUAAAACAUUGCAGUGUCAGUCACACUAUAUUUAUUUAUAUAACCUCUGUUUUUCAAAGGAAAAUGUGGGUUCACUUCUGUUCUUUUUGUCACCAUGACUCAACCUUUCUGCAGCUUUUGAGGCUUCAUGUUUCAUUUAUGUGAUGAUGUAGUUUAGGUUGUGCUCAAGCAGAAACAGCCGAGUUCUCAUAGCUGUGGAACCUGACUGUAUAGAUAAGUGGCAUUUCCUUGUUGCCAUUUCCUUUGACGUGUAAAGCUGACUGACCUGUUUUCUCAUCUAUUACUGAUCUACAGCAAAACAGUAAAUCUGACAGUUAUUUCAGGCUUUAAUUGAUCUCCUUGAUCGUAUAAAAGCAACAAGGGUUUAUACAAGGGCCUUUAAAAUAUACAUUUUUUUUUUUUUUAGUUUUUUGUGACGUCUUAAAGUGUGAAAUGUACCCAUAUUAUUUAUAAACGCCUUUAUGCUGUUGUAAUUUGUUAAAAAUGUGGUGUUUUGGCUUCUUUUUAAGAGAAAAGAAAAAUCAAUGAUCUCAAACUUAGUGUCUUGAUUGUUUUGGAGACAGUUACAUUUUUUAAAAGAAUUUAUUUGUUGACAUGUUACAUAAAAUAAACACAUGACAACUA